AUGUGUUCAAAGAUUGUUGAUUAUCAUGGGAAAAUAGUACUUGCGCCUAUGGUAAGGAUUGGGGAGCUUCCUACACGAUUAUUAGCAUUAAAAUAUGGAGCGGAUCUUGUUUGGGGACCAGAAGUGGUUGAUAAAGCUCUUAUUCAUGGAGAAAUAUGUAAACGUGGAACAAAAACAGACAAGAUCAAUUGUAUUGAUUUCGUGAAACCAAAAAGUAAUACAGUUUUAUAUAGAAUUCAUCCUAUAGAGAAAUCUCGAUUAGUUUUUCAACUUGGAUCAUCAGAUCCAGAGCUUGCAGUUAGAGCAGCACGAGUAAUAGCAGGUGAUGUUGCAGCAAUAGACCUUAACUGUGGAUGUCCAAAGCAUUUUUCUGUUCAUAGUGGGAUGGGCGCUGCUUUAUUGAAAAAUGUUGAUCGCUUAGAAGGUAUAUUAGUUGCUUUGGUUCAAAAUAUUGGUAUUCCUUUCAAUAUUGGAAUUAGUGCUAAGAUUAGAAUACUCGAAAAUAUAGAAGAAACGGAAACUAUGGUUAGAAGAUUAUGUAAAACAGGAAUUAUAGGAUUAACAGUUCACUGUCGGACAGUUUCUAUGAGAAAUAAAGAAAAAGCUAUAAGAGAUCAGUUAAAAAUGAUAUCAAAAGUUUGCAGAGAAAAAGGAGUUGCUUGUAUUGCAAAUGGUGAUAUUAUAAAUAAAAAAGACGGAUUACAUGUUAUAAAAGAAUGGAAUACUGAUGGUGCUAUGAUAGCUCGCGCUGCACAAAAGAAUCUUAGUUGUUUUAGGAGUGAAGGUCUUCUUCCUCCUUUAGAGGUAGCGCAAGAAUGGCUGCGUAUAGCGAUAGAAUUUGAUAAUUCAUUUUCGAAUACUAAAUUUUGUAUUUCACAUAUCCUUGAUGACAAAUCAAUUCCUCGAAAAACUAUAUAUCAAGCUUUUCGAAAUGCAAAAUCAUUUUCUGAAAUGUCAAAGAUUCUCGAAUUAAAUAUAUAA